AUGCCAGCGAUGCCAGAUGAGAAGGAAGAUGAAGAGGAGAUUGAGAAUGUGGAAGUGAAUGGAAAUGAGGCGGCUGAUGAGAAGAAGAAAAAGAAAAAGAAGAAAAAGAAGCCCAAGCAAGGAGAAACCGAGGAUGGGGAGGAGGAGGUCGAUGCCGAGACCAGAGAAACGGAGAAGGCGGAGACGAAAGAGGAGGAAGAGGAGAAUGCAGGAAGUCCUGAAAAAAAUGCGAAGAAGAAAAAGAAGAAGCCUGCUGAUGGAUACCCACAGGCUGACGAGGGCAACGACGAGGAUGACGGCGAGGCUUUCUGGAGAUGGAGAUGGAAGAAUUACAGUAGCAACUUGUGUCCGUCAGACAGGGGAACGGGACCUGGCAGAAAGUAG